UCUGGGUAAUUUACCUGAAUGUGAAAGUUAUGAAAACCCAGUUAGGGAGAAGUCCUCCUGAUUUUAUGGAGAGGCAAGUCUCAUUUUUAAGUUCCAUUUGGCUGCAGGAGUGGAUUCUAACUACUUCUAACUGCACUGGAGGGGGCUCUCCCAGAUUCCCAUCCUCCCUAGGUGUGGUAAACAUGACAGCAGCCCUCUCAGAGGAUGAGCUCUCUGCCUGUAAGCAUAUGAGUAAGAGAUGCUUUGUUCUCCAGUCUCCUAAGCUAGAGCAGAGGAUGUGGCUGGCCAGGAGGCGGGGACAGAGCAGAUGCAUGUGUAGGUGUGUGUGUGUGUGAGUGUGUGUGUGUGUUUUCUCACAUCCGCUUCCCCUUUUGAGCUGACAGUUGAAUGAGAACAGAGAGAAAGUUAGUCUUCGAUAUGAGACUAUCUCACCAUCCUCGCCUUUGCUACGACUUCUGAGAAGGGCUCAGGCCUGUUUGGAGAACCUUCUUACUUCUGAUAUGUUCACUUCUCAGUGAUCUACAUAAUACUGGGGCUGAAGUCUCCAACACCCUUUGCUUCAAGGUACUGCUUAGGGCAUAAGUAACAUACAAACAGAGAAGAGAAACCUUUAUGGUCUGUAUCUGUGGAAGGAGGCCCAGAGCACUGAAGACUCAUCCAGAACCAAGAGCGGCAGGAAGAAAGCUGUGUGACAAAAAGAGAAGAAAGAACACAUUUGGAAUACAAACUUGAAGGCAUCAGUGUGGUAGAAAGGCCUGAAAGUGGUCCAGGACCAUGGAAGCAUCAGUGCUGAGCCCUACAUCCUGGGAAAAACGAAGGGCCUGGCUACGACAGAGCCGUAACUGGCAAACCCAGGUCCUGGAAGAGGAGGCUGCAGCUGCCCUUCAGGAUGCACUAGAUCCGGAGCCUUCCAGCCUGGAUGAUGUUUUCCAGGAAGGGAAUCCAAUCAAUAAGAUCGAGGACUGGCUGCAGGGCUGUGGAGACACUGAGGAGGGACUUUCUGAAGAAGCAGGGCAAUCCAACUACAAUGGGUACUCUAGCCAUGGGACCAGCUUUGAAGAUGACUUGAGUCUUGGAGCAGAUGCCACACUACUGGCCACCAAUGGAAACCUCUUCUCCAGGAAUUUUCUCCAGACACCCAGGCCUUGCCAAUUACUUGAUCUUGGCUGUAGUUUGGCUUCCAGCAGCAUGACUGGUGGGACCAACAAAACUAGUUCAAGCAUCUCAGAGAUUUUGGACCAGGUACAAGAAGAUGCAGAAGAUGUCCUCUUCAGCCUGGGCUUUGGUCACGAGGACCACAAAGAUACAUCUCGUAUCCCUGCAAGAUUUUUCACCAACCCCUCUCAGGCCAAGGGCAUUGAUUUCCAACUCUUCCUGAAAUCUCAGAUGCAGAGGAUUGAGAUGGAGGAUCCCUGCCUGAUGCUGGCCAGCCGGUUUAAGCAGGUGCAAACGCUGGCUGUCACUGCUGAUGCUUUCUUCUGUCUCUACUCCUAUGUGUCUAAGACACCCGUCCAAAAGUUCACGCCAUCCAACAUGUUCUGGAAUUGUGACCCAACUGAUGUGCCAUCCAUCAGGAUUCUGGCUCCAGAGCCUGAACCCCACUCACCCAGAGAACGUCUACGGAAAGCAAUCUCUAAAAUGUGCCUGUAUACAGGUUCCCGAGAUCGGCUGUUACCAUCUCACACUAACCCCAAAAGGAACAGUUUGGACCAAGUUGUGUGGGAAGUGAUGGACAGAGUAAAAGGAGAGAAGCUAGGUCUCCAGCAAGGCUCAGGGCAUGGGCAAGCACCUCAGGAAGAGUCUGUGCCCCCAGGACAAAAUACAAAGCUGUCCACCUCUUCUAUUCCAUGUGCUUUCUGCCCUAAAGAAGAAACCCAGGGAGACAUGUGCUGUGCUCAUGCUCUAGCCAGGGCAGGUCCACAGUGCGACAUAGACUCUGCACAGAUAAGGAGAGAGCUGUGGGGUCUACAUGCCAUCAAGGAGAAGCCCCAUUCAGCUGAGAAGGAGAGUCCAUGGGAAAGAAAGGGCAAAGCAAGAAAGAGCCUAUUUCAAAGUCCUCCCUUGGACAAAAAUAUUAAAUCACUGGACUUGUCAAUCAUACAGAAGAAACAAAAACAGAGCCAAGCCAGACAUGAGCUACACCAAUCUCUAACCCAGCAGCUUCAGGGUGCUUCUGACUUGGAGCAGGUACAAAACAACAGUGAAGAAGAGAACGGUCACUCACCCGGCAGAGCCAGGCACCCCUACUUCUACCAUACUCGCCUUGGAGAAGACUCAAGAAGCUUUCUUGACCAUCAACAUAGCACAAUCUGACAACAUGGCUUCACAAAAGAGCCAAACCUCCAUCUCAUCCUGCAGUUAAGUUGCACCAUCCUCAGCAACUAGCUCCUGCUCUUUGCCUCUCCAAGCCUUUUACAUCAUAGGAGUGCAGCAGCAUUGGACACUGGGAUGAAGACCAGACAGAGAGAACUGGACAGUGCAUCCUAAUGAUGGUGUAAUUGUAUGCUGAGAGAUAGACUUCCAUGUAACUUCAUUUCUACACAAGCUACUUUCUCUCCUUGGUGGAUGCUGCUCACAUGAUAUGGAUAUGGGCAAACUGAACAAAGACUUGAUUCUUUCCAAAACUUUGACACUGACAAAGACAUAAUCCAAAUGAAUAGUCAUCUUCUGGGGGCAGAGAUUAUUCUUUAAUUCUGUUAAAAGGUCAAAGCUACAAGAAGAAGGAGAAAUUCUAACUUCAUGCUCAAAGACUUUGUGUGCUUUCCUGUGGGACUCUACUCAUCCCUAAGUAUUAGCUAAAUUUCUGCUGAUCUUCCACAAAAUCAGAGUUUUAUUUUCUUCUUGAUGUUUCACCUAAAUAUAUAUACUUGGAACAUUUCCCUUAAACACACUUCCUCUCUUUCCAAAUUUUUGUGCCCUCCUAGAAAAAAAUAGAUGACUUGGCCUCAGGGUCCUUUCUCUUGGCCUAUGUGAAAGACAAACACACACCUACAAAGAAAAACAGACAAAAGCAAAAUUUUCUGCUGGCAGAGAACAAUACAAAUAAAAAUAAUUUCCAAACUGUAGCAGUUUUGUUGUUGGUAGUUGUUGAGUUUUAUGUUUUUAAGACAGGGCUGAAUUCAAGAUUUGUUUCAUCUUCCCAAGUGCUGGGAAUAUAGACAAUUUGCCAUGACACUAGGUUUGUGAAGUGUUUGUGGAGGUAAUUAAUAACUGUGCAUAUUGUUGUAGAGAAAAUACCUUGUUGGGAAGCACCAUGUACAAGCACAGUGUUCUGCUAAGUGGUCUAUAGCACCCUAGACCCUUUCCUCCAAAAAGCUUUGUCCAAUAAUAAAACACAUACAUUCCCAUCAAUAGACCACUUCAUUGUCUAAUAAAUUGGAAAAGAAUGCAGAAAAAGCAAAAGGGGUGAUUUUUAGAUGUUUUGAAGGAAAUCAUAAUCUUGAGGGCUAGAGAAAAGAAAUGAUAUCAAAUAAUGACAGAAAUAAGCCAACCAAAGGGGGCAGACACAGAAUAAGUGUAGCUAUCUAGUGGCAGAGAAAAUUUCUUUUGUGUCCCAAACUGAAUCAUAAAUGGGGGAACAGAAAAAAGGUAGAGAGAAAAGAGUUAAUUAAUUAGCCUCUAUGGGAUUAAACCAAUUUGAAUAAAGAUUCCAUGUUUUCUUUAGUACCCAAAUCCUUACUUUAAAAAAAUCUUUACUCCCAGGUAAUCACACCCUGGGCACUGUAGUAUCUUAAUUAUCCAGCAAGCCCAGAUACAACACUCAUCUCCCACUGUGGACUGUUAACUACCUCAAAUUUUGUCCUGUUUUGUGUUACACAUCUUGCUCAGCUAUAAUCACUUCAGGUCAAUGUCAGUAAUAUAUGAUUUUUCCUUCCCGUAGAUGCACUUGGCCCUAAAUUAAGCAGAUACGUUUCCAACUGCUGUGUUGUAUUGCUGCUGGAAGUUUCAGAACACAUCUGGUCUUCUUAUAGAUUACAUCUAAAAUGGCAUAAACAAAACAAAACAACCCUUUCUUUGAGGGAUCCUUCAGUCUUCAAAUUUUUGUUUCAAUACUAGGUAGUCAGAGAUGGCACCAAAUGGCUGAGAGCUUUUAAGUGUUGAAUUGCUUGAGAAAAAUGUUCUUGAGACAUGUAUAUCACACACCUUGUUUACAAAUAUAAGGGAUAAUCUCAGAAGAAGUGUUAAAAAGAGUGGGAGAGCCAGAGAUAGUUGAUACCUACAAAACAGUGUGUUCCAGAGACAGUAGGACAGUUACACAAAGCCAUCUCUUGAUUUGGCAAAGUGCUUAACAUGAGUUCUUUAUGGUGAUAUUUUAUUUGUACUGAAAUGUGAUUUUAUUUGUAUGUUAAUAAAUAAAUGUGCCU